CAUAGAACAGUAAGGAAAAUUACAUUUAACGAUUCUCCGAUGAAGAUGUUGUUGAGAGCGGUCACUGUCAUGGCUGUUCUGGUUCACAUGGUGGACGCCGGAUGUAGCAGAUCUGACUGGUGGGCGAGUCUGGACAGGCAGGGGCUAUCAAAGUGCAACGGGAGUGACGAUUUCAUUUCCGGUUUCUAUAGAAACGACCGGAAGAGCUGGGAGGACGACCCGUUACAGUUGCUGGAAGAGGCCGAGUGCUGUAGCCGAGUGUCCCCUUGGACGAAUACCAACACGCAGGUCGUGAUUGCAGAUUGGUGGCUUACGUUUGACCAACCCAACUCCUGGGUAAACUGCCCGGCUGGAUAUUUUCUGAACGGCUUGUACCGAAGCCAAGACAGUAAAGGACUGCUGUUCAAUAUAGAAGAAGGGCGAUGUUCUAAGCCUAGGAGACAUCCUAGGUACUACGGACACUGCUACGAUCACGAUAUCUCCGCUUGUUUUGACAACAAAGGGAUUUGUAAAUGUAACACUGAUUAUUAUGUCACAGGUUUAUACAGAGGAAGUUGUGACAAGCUCUACUGUCUGGAAACUCUGCGAUGCUGCAAGAUGGCUGAUGGACCUGAAAUACUGGAUGAGCUGAGCAAGGUUAAGACGCUCACUAUGGACACCACGAUGUCUUCUUUGGCGUAUGUAGCGCAUUACCUAGGCUUUGGCUACUGCUCCGGGUGUAGAACCCCGUACGUAGGAGAAGAUUUUAUCAGAACCGGCGACAAAUGGAUCGCUGAUAAAAGUAGACGCUGUGAAGGAUACAUGAGCGAUAUACGGUUAAGCAUGGCCUAUGGAGACUGGAGCUUUGUUAUCAAGGACAUUAUAUACGGAACUCCUGUAACUAAAGAGCUGGCACCGGAAGUUAUAGAUUCUGGAACCAUAACUAAUAAUCUCCCGACAGAAAUGACACAGAGUUUUAUACGCUCUGAGAACAGUGUCCGUCGCGUCUCUCACACCACCAACAGCCGUUGGAAAAACGCCAACGAGCUGAACGUCCAGGUCAGCUACACGCCAGCAGACACCACAGGUAUCGUCGGUGGCUCCGGAGGUUACAAAUUUAACUACGAGAACAGCACAAGUACGACGGACGAGACUAACAAAGAACAGUCACGUACUUUAUCGAUCAGCACUUCUAAAACUAUACCCCCUUAUUCCGCUGCAAAAUGGAGCGUUGUAUUGACCAAAACAAGUACCCAUGUUCCCUAUAUGGCUAAUAUCAUGGUAAAGUUUUCCGCAGAGCUUACUGGGUUUCUCCGUUGGUAUGGCGAAUCGAAUCUCUAUACCAAUUACCAUUUUUUCUUUCGAAAAAAUAAUUACAACUACCCAAUCCUCACAUACAAAUGUGGAAAUUCCAGCGUUCCUUUCUACACGGCGCUGAAGAAACAGAGCGAUACCAACUACCAGCCUUGGUUGUGGAACGACAUGAAAAAGGCCUACCCCUACGCGCAGAGUUUCAUCGACGACCUGUCUACAGAGGACUGGUACACCUUCACCCUCGCCGGCAGUUUCGAUGACGUCAUUGGCAAACGUGUCGAGCUCCACUGGGAUACGGUAAGUCUGGGCAAGAGGUCGGAUGACGCGGACGACACCGGUCCGGAUGAGAUCUUCCAGAACUCCACGCAUGUGGCUAAGCCUCUCCCUAACGAUGUCCCUCCUGUGGCCCUCAAGCCCUCAAAAGUUGGAUAA